AUGAUCUCGGCCGUCCUGCUCAUUCUCGCGGCCGGAGUGGCCACCACGGCCGUGCACGGCGCCGCUCCUCCGACGCCUCCGACACCGGCAGGGCCGCCGAAGGCUGCCACGCCUCCUCCGGCAGCGAAGGUGCCCUCGGGGCCGCCCCCGGCCGCGGCGGCCCCAGCCAAGUUCCCUGCCGUCAUUGCUUUCGGCGACUCGGUCGUCGACACCGGCAACAACAACUACGUCCGCACCAUCAUCAGGGCCAACUUCCCGCCUUAUGGCAAGGACUUCCCCGGCCACAAGGCCACCGGCCGGUUCUCCGACGGCAAGAUCAGCGUCGACUUUCUCGCGUCGGCGCUCGGUGUGAAGGAGUUGCUCCCGCCGUACCUGAAGAAGGACCUCAGCCUGGAAGAGCUCAAGACCGGCGUCAGCUUCGCCUCCGCCGGCAGCGGAUACGACAACUCCACCUGCAGGACCAUGUCGGCGCUGACGAUGGAGCGGCAGAUGCAGCUGUUCGUGGAGUACAAGGCCAAGGUGGGCACGAUCCCAGACAAGGCCCUCUACCUCCUCUGCUGGGGCAGCAACGACGUGGUGGAGCACUUCACCUUCAACGACGGCAUCACGGAGCCCCGCUACAGCGACUUCCUGGCGGAGCGCGCCAUCACCUACAUCCAGCAGCUCGUCUCCCUCGGCGCGAAGCGGAUCGGAGUCACGGGGAUCCCCCCCGUGGGCUGCCUCCCUUCGCAGCGGAUGAUCGCCGGCGGGAUCCGGAAGCAGUGCGCCACCGACCGCAACCAGCUGGCCCUCAUGGCCAACCGCAAGAUCAGCCAGGAGAUGGCCAAGCUCUCCGCCAAGCUCGGGCCCGGUGUGCAGCUCGUCUUCAUCGACCUCUACGGCAUCCUCGGCGACCUCACCACCCGACACGCCGAGUUCGGCUUCAAGAACGGGAAAGAUGCCUGCUGUGGGUACAUUGGACUGGCUGCCAGUGUGCUUUGCAAUUUUGCCAGCCCGCUUUGCCCUGACCCUUCGCAGUAUGUUUUCUGGGAUAGCUAUCACCCCACUGAGAAGGCGUACAAGGUCAUGAUCGACAUCAUCGUCGACAAGUACUUCAAGUACAUGCACUAGGCUAGCUAGGUAUAUAGCUGCAUGCAUCUUCUUGAUCUGUUUCUUUUCUUUGGUCCUUGGUAUUGUCGACAUUGUCAUGGUCGAAUUUUCCUUCCUUUUGUUUGUUGUUGCAUGCCACGUGGCUAGAGAGAUUGGCUUUUUUUUUCUUUUUUCUAUUCAAUGGCAUAUGUGUUCAUGAUGUACGUCAUAAUUUUUGUAGACCAGCUGCAGAGAAAUAAAAGUUGCCUGCAAUUUUAGGACCA